AUGCGACAGCAAAUGAAAAAAAGCCGAAUAAUUUCAGAACUACCAUGGGUACGCAAAGAUAUCGACUCCAGUGAGAAAAAGGACAUUUCAGGCCCGGAACAGUAUCCUAUGACUAUUUCCAAAUUUGGGGGAAUAACAAUUCAAAAGGGGGUUAUGAACACGACGGACAUCGAACAACAACCGUUAGACGUUGAAGGCUACACAACUGUCACAAAAUUAUCGAUACGAUCAAUCAUCUCGGACAGAGCCAUCACCCAGAAGGGAUCAGAGUGA